GGCGCUAACGUCUCUUGAUGAUGACAAAUGUUAUUACGUAUACGGUUAGUUAUAACUUAAAGUGUUGGUAACUACGAAACUGCUAAUAAAUAAUUAUAUUACGUUAUGACGUUCACUUUGUACAGUUUAUUCGAAGCAGCUUUGCUCUGCGUAAAUGCUGUGGCUGUUUUACACGAAGAACGUUUUCUUUCAAAAGUCGGCUGGGGCCGAGAUGAUCAAACUACAAGAGGCUUUGGAGAAGAUCCUGGAGUGAAGUCACAGUUAAUAAAUUUGAUUCAUUCCAUUAGAACCGUCAUGAGGAUACCACUUAUUUUCCUGAAUAUUGUAACAAUACUUUUUAAGUUGAUCUUGGGGUAACGUUUAUUCUGGCCAAGUGGAAGUUUAAAAUUCAGACAGAAUUAUAGAAGAUCAUCUUAUUUUAUCAUCAGAAGUCUUGACAGAUCAUGUAAGACCAACAACUUGUUUCACUGGAAAUUGAAGAUAGUUCCGAGAUCAACAGUAUAUUUUAUUAUCGAUCUUCAACCAGACUGUUUUAUGUAAGGCAUGUUUCAUCAUUAAAAGCUUGUUAGAUGCUAAUGAAAUCCAAGAAAAGUUUAAUGUUUUGUUUAUACAGUAUAAUUGAGUCUAAAUUGCUGAAAUAACUACUGUUACUAAACUUUCAGUUGGUGAAUACUUACAUUAUUUUAAAAUGUUAGUGAGUUUGACGUUAACUCAAGUUUGGAAGAUAAUUCAGUUAUUUUUUUAACCAAUAGAUCUUCAAGAAUAAUGUUACUGAUAAUAUUAUUCCAGGGUUUUGGUGAUGUAUAAAAAAUUUACGUAAUGUUAUUUUUUUCUUCGUAUUGGAAAGUAAGUCAGUAUUCUAAUAAACAUUUAUAUAAACACAAAACGACCAUCAAAGCUUGCAACUUAAUGUUCUUCUAUGAUUUUUAAACCUUGAGAUAUACUUGUGAAUACUUUCACUCACACACGCAUUUUGUUCCUUCAGGAACUUAAAAUUUUGAACACCCGCACUAUUUUAUUGCAAAUUUUCACGUUUAAGAUCUUUUUUUACAGAUUGUUUAUAUACCUACUGGAUCACUGCAGUGUUUGUUAACAUAAUUUAUAAAUGCCGUUUACUGUUGCUGUAAUUUGAGCUAAUAUAUAUUGGAAUUUACUUGUUGGUAACACUCUUGUUUCACACGAAAAAGUAUUUUAAUCCUCAUCUCAGUUUACUAAUACAGUAGUUAAUCCAGCAUCAAGCCAGAAACACAAUUACAAGUAAUUUUUGUGCAAAGUUGGCUUUACAAGCAAUCUGUAUUUAUGACAAUUGUAAUAUCUUCAGUUUAUCGUCUGAUAAUUAAAAAA